CGUUGGCAUCGUUCAACACCUUUCAUUGUAUUGACUAUUGACUGAUUCUGGACACAGAGAAUAAUGUAUAAAUCUAAUUUAUCCUUUUAUCGUUUUAGUUAUCUUUAGAAUAUAUUGUAAUAUAACCUAGUUUAAGUGUAAUUAUGCCUCCGUUUACGUAAAAGUGAUAGAAGACAGCCCGUCGAGUGUUACGCGGCCAUUUUACUUGCAAUGCGGCAACGGUAUACGAUCCGCCAUUGGAAACGGCUAGUGUCUUUUUCUGAGUGUACAAUUUGUAUUUUGUCGAAUUUCUCGACAUAGAAUCAUCUAGUAAUCAUGUGUGAUAAAAGUGUAGUGCGGACUUUAGUGUAGUGAAGCACGGUGGUCGGGUGUUUCGAAUAAUGUGCGAACGAUGGAAAACGAAGUAAAGCAGCGCAAUCAGAGAAACAGGCGAAGGGAGCGGGCACAGCGCAUGCAAGCACAGCGAGAGAGCAAAGUCAAAGAUGGGGACAGCGGCGAGGACGAGUCUCCCGCGAGAGAAAAGCCUCCUCGUCCUCCGGCCAGGAGAAAGAAGUCCAAGGAGCCCCUCGGAGAGGAGGACAUCAUCGACGGUUUCGCCAUAAUGGCAUUUCGCACGUACGAGGAUCUCGAGGCUGCUGUGAAAUGUGCCGCUUCCCCCCGCACGAACGCGCUGUCGACGAAGCCCCGGCUGCCGCUGGCGGCGCUGACCGGCGACGCCGCCCGCAACCACACCUCACCCAUCGUCAACUCCCAUGGUAUAACGCUCCUCCAAGACGCUGGCACGUCGGAUGACAGCGGUCGAGCGUCGGAGCGACUGACGGGCAGCUCCGUAGCGCCGCGCGACCCCGACUCCUCCCGAGACCGUCUGAGUGACGCCAGUAGCCGUUGUAGUUCCGGAAAAGGCUAUAUCUGUGAUAGUGAAGGCGAUGACGACAAGGCGAGUCCAGAAAAUAGUAGAAAUCCAUCACCCCGAUACCACGAUGCAUCGAUGGAAGAUGCAUCGGACGCAGGCUCUUUGUUCCGGGUGACAGGGGCUGGCGGCGGCGCGGGCAAGAACGAGCUGGUGGCGCGGGGCGGCAGCGGCGGGGCGCUCGCGCUGUCCCGCGCCCCCGUCGGCGGCAGCGCCAGCCCCGCUCCCGCGCCCCUCCCCCAGCCCGCGCCCUCGCCCGCGCCCGCCGCGCUGCCGCCGCCCGCGCUCCCGCCGCCGCCCUUCCGCGCCGACACGCCCCACCGCCCCAACGGCGCCCACAUUCCCGCUCUGGACGGCCACGCGGCCACCCAGAUCCCCCGGCCCGCCGCCGCCGCCGGGCCCGACACGCCCGAGCGGCCCGCCAGCAACAACAAGCUGCAGCCCGGCGCCCGCGCCGCCGCCGACAGCCCCACCCCCGCGCCGCCCGCCCCGCCCGCGCCCUCACCCCUCUUCCCCUCGCACACCGCCUACCAGGCGCACGCCGCCGCCGCGCUGCCCGACUACCGCCACACCAACCACGAGACGCGGACGUCGCCGCCCGCCGCCGAGCCGCCCGCGCCGCUCGACCUGCACGCGCACCACGCGCCGCGCCCGCACGUACCGCCCGCCGCGCGCGCCCCCCACCCCCUCCCGCACACCGUUGUACCCGGCCCCGAUGCGCGGAACCCCUCGCCGGCCGCGCAGCCCCUCCCUCCCGCCCCCGCUGCCUUCGCGAGCCGCGUCGCCCCAAACGGCGUGCCUCAGCUUGGGCCGCCGCAGCCGCCGGCAGGCGCCGGCGCCGCCUCGCUUCCGGGCCAAGCGGCCGCCGCCCGCCCCCUCUCCCCCGUCGUCGCGCCAAUCUCGCGUCCCUUCCCCACCCCCUCGAUCGGGUCUAGUCACGUCAACUCGAGCGUCGGCUCCGGCGCUCACGGCCACACCAUCUCGAACUCCCACUCGUACCAGAGUCAGCCGAGCCUCCAGAAACAUUCCGCCCCGACGGCGUACGCGAGUCGACCGCCGGGCCACUCGAACUUCAGCGUCGCGAGCCACAUAUCGAGUCACCUGCCGCCGACGUCGGCGAGCCAGCCCGGCCCGCCGCACUUCGGCUCCGCCCACCCUCCUCAUCCCAGCGCGCCCCACUCGAGCCUGCCGCCCGUCAGCAGCUCGACGUCGGUGACGUCGGCGCCCAACCACAUAGGAUCUCCCCUGGUGUCGACCAACACAACGACGAGCGCGUUACCCAGCUUCGCGCCGGCUGUGAAGCACCCCGGCCUGGGGCUGACGCACUCGGCGCCGCUCCACCAGCCGAUGAGCCGGGCGGCGUCCCCCGCGGUAUCGGCCGGCAGCGGGCACCUCGCGCCGCCGGCGGGGGAGGUGCGGCCGGCGGAGGCCCCGCCCGCGUCGCUGGCGAACGGCUACCCGGCGACGGUGUACUCGAGCUCUUACCCCACGCUGUAUGCGCCGUACGCGCCGACACUCCAGCACAGCCCCUACCUGCCCGCCGCAGCCGCAUCGCCGAGAAACACCACGGAUACGAGGACGAGCCUAUCAGCUUCACCGCUAGUGGCGCCGAAGACGCCGAAGGGCGUGCGGCCUCACACGCCGGGGACGCUCGGCACGGCGGGCGCGCACGCACCGCUCAGCUACUCGCCGCACGGGCAGAGCCCCAGCCGGGAGCGGGAGAGCUUCAGCAAUAUCAGCAGUCUGUCGCGCAGCACGCCGGCUUCGGGUGCGACCGCGGUGGUGUCGUCGUCGCUCGCGCCCACUCCGCUCUCUGCCCCGCUCACCGCGCCGCUCGCGGCCCCGCUCGCUGCGCCGCUCGCCGCGCCACUAGCUACGCCCCUAGCGGCUCCGCUCGCCGCUCCGCUACCAGGCCCGAUUCCUCCGCUGAGCGCGCCGCUGUCGCUGCCGCUCGGUCUCGGGCUGGCGACACCCACGCCGACCGCCCCCGCGCCCACGCCGCUAGCGCCUGCCCUGGCGCCGGUGCCCACCGUGCCGAGCAUCAGCUCCGGCGCCAAACCGCCCGCCCACUGGGGGGUAACCAGGGGGUCGGCGACAGAGCGGGGUUUCGCGCCCGCGCCGCCGCUGUUCGGUGCGCCGCUGCCGCCUAACCCCAACCCCUUCUCCGCCGAGUCCCUCUUCCAAACUAGUCCGGGCGCAGAUCUGCUCCGUCGCGAGUUGGACAGCCGGUUCCUGGCGGCGGCGGGGGCGGUCGGCGUGCGCACCGAGCUGCACCACCACCAGCACCAGCACACCCACGUGCACCAACACCCGCCGCCCCACGCUCCCCACGCCCCCCAUGCUCCCCACGCGCCCCACGCCCCCCAUGCGCCGCACGCUCCCCACGCGCCCCACGCGCCGCCCGCGCCGCAUCAUCCCCAUCAGCUGCUAGUACCGCAUUCACCACUGUUCAAGGACGUGGGCAAGAUGUCGUCACUAUACAGAUCGGGGCUCGGACUCGGGUACCCGUACUCGUCGAGCCUGCUGCACUCCACCGCGCCAUAUGUACCGCCAUCGCCGAUCACCACAUAUGCACCUAAGCCAAUAGUGUCAGCCGCAAGCGACUCCGCCACUAAACCUCAAGCACGCCCCGCCGUCAUGAAAACUGGAAAAUGGAACGCGAUGCACGUGCGGAUCGCGUGGGAGAUCUACAACCACCAGCAGAAGGAGAAGGCGGGCAGCGGCGUCGCCGUCAGCACCGCCGACAAGGACAAGCUGCGGGCCUUCCCCGCGCCCGCGCCGCCGCCGCACGCCUACCGCUCGCCCUACGACCUGCCGCCCGCCUACCUGGCGCACCACCCGCCCCUAGGUAUCGCCCGAUACCCCCCGAGACCGCCUCUCGCCUCCGCGCCCCUGGUCGCGCCCACUGACCGUCAUUUGGGCGUUUCAGGGGUCUCGCCGUUCGCCCGAUACGGCGCCGGCGCCUUCGGCGGUGCGCCCUCGCCAUUCGGUCUGUCCCCGUACGGGCGCGACCUCGCGCUGUCGUCGUCCCUGCACGGCGUGCACCACGCGCCGCCGCUCGGACUGCACGACGCGUGGCGCGCGCGACCGCCCGCGCCCGCCCCCGCCGCCGACGUCCGCCGCGACCACGAAGAGCGCGAGCGCGCCCGCCGCGAGAGGGAGGAGCGCGAGCGCCGGGAGCGGGACGAGCGCGAGCGGCGGAAGGCGCGCGAGCGCGACCUCGAGCGUGUCCGCCAGCGCUCCCCCCUGCGGAACGGCGCGCCCGACCCGCCGAAGGAGGAAAGGAAGGAGCCGCCCCGAGCGCCGCCCUCGCUGGCCGCCUACCCGCCGCCGCACUGGGACCCCUACCGCACCUUCGACCCUCUGCAGCACAUGCGAUUCGCGCCGCUCGUGGAGGCCGCCAUCCGCGCAGAGGAGGACCGCGCCAAGAUGUUCAGCGCGUACGCGCACCACCAGCAGCUGAAGGCCGGGCCGCUGCUGCACCGCGGGCUGGCGCCGCUCCCGCUGCCGCACGCGCCGCUCGCCCCGCCGCUGGCGCCGCCCCUCGCGCCCCUGGCGCCGCUCGACCUGCUCAAGAAGGAGGAGCCGCGAUGAUAGCGACCGCCGCGACCGUCCGCUCCCCGAAUGUAAAUACGUAGCGUAAACGACGUCGCCGAGUGACACUACGACUCAAACUGUGUAUCGUUUCGUAUUAUCGGUUUAGAAAAUUAUUUAUUGUAACGUCGCUUGCGAGACGGCGGCCGCCGGCGGGCCGCGCGCCGGAGUGUGAGGUCGCCGACGUCGCGGCGUCACUGUGCAAUAUGGCGCGCGGCCUGGGGGCGGCCGGCGCCGUCCCCCUGUACACUACUGCUUGUUUAUUUACAUAAAAUAUCUAUCGAGUUGUUAUUGUGACCAUUAUUAGUUAAUUAUACAUUAAUUGCUGAUCGUGUGAGGGAUAGGAUUAUCGGAAUCGCUAUCGAUAUAAUUAUACAUAUUUAUAUAUACUUAUAAAUAAAAUGUAAAUAUUAGUUUGUAAAUUAGUGUUAAAAUAUAGAAUCGGUUUAUUUAACGUCGAAAGAAAAAACCCAUAUAAAUUAUUAUUGCAUCGGGAGUUUGAUUUAUACUUCCGUUAAAAAUCUCAUAAUGGUUUUUCGAUUGUACCAGUGAUUAAUUAUUUAUUUAUUUAUGUCGCCCUAUCUUCCAUGAUGUCUUAGUCGAAAGUUUCCGUUGUGAGUAGAGCAGUUGACAUUUCUUAUAAAUGCAUUUAAAAUAUGUGAUAUUAUUGUAUUGUGAAAAAUAUUUUGUCUGACUUUAAAGUAGUGUAUUGCAGUUAGAGAAUGUAUUGUCUAUCCGAGUUAAUAGCAGAGUUGUUUCAUUACUGUAAUGAUUUCAAAUUUAUUUAUAACUGACAUGAAGAAGCUUUCAGAAGGUUUGAAAUGGUGUCGGUUUUGUGAGCUCAUUUUGUGCCAUUGCCGUACUAAGCAGACAGUAAGUCAGACAAAAGCUACGAUUCUGUUCAUGGCACACAGAGCGAUUGUGUUCUCAAAAUAUAUAAAAGGUGAAUUCGGAAAUGUAUUAUAGUUUAUAUAAAAAUCAUUCUGUAUACUAAAAGUAAAUGAAAGCUUGGUGCGAUUCAGAAAAUACCAUUAAAACUUUUGAUUUUUAUACCAAA